CUUCACACUAACACUAACUGCCGCCACUGUCGCCAUCGUCCCCCACCUCUCUCUCUCUCUCUCUCCCCGCAACUCCCGCUGCACCGCUAGCACAACGACGCCCCCUCCAACCCUCCCGAGCCCACCCGCCCUCGCGGCGCUCCGGCCGUCGCCGCUGCCCGCCGGUCCCGGAGCGACGGCGGAGCAGCAGGAGAGGCGGCGGCUCGGGGAAGUAUCCUCCGGGGAGAUGGCCCCCGACGACGGCGGCGCCGCGGCGGCGGUCGCGGCCGACGCCCUGGCCCCGCCGAAGAGGAAGGCGGCGUUCUCUCGGAGCUGGGUCCUGCUGGACCGCGAGGGGCGGGGCAGCUUGCUGGACGUGGACAAGUACGAGAUCAUGCGCCGGGUGGGGAUCCACGCCCGAGAUCUUCGCAUGCUCGAUCCGAUGCUGUCGUACCCUUCCAAGAUCCUAGGCAGAGAGAAGCUGAUCGUCCUCAAUCUGGAGCACAUUAAAGCCAUCGUCACUGCAGAGGAGGUGCUGCUUAGAGAUCCAUUAGAUGAGAAUGUCAUUCCGAUCGUCGAGGAACUCGAGAGGCGGUUGCCCGGAAUCGGUCAGUUCCAAGGUGAAGAGGACGAUCAGCAAGAAGCGAACAACGACGCCGACGUCGGGGAGCAAAAUGAAUUUCCUUUCGAAUUCCGGGCAUUAGAAGUUGCAUUGGAGGCUAUCUGUAGUUUCCUUGAUGCGCGCACAAGAGAACUGGAGACUGAUGCUUAUCCAGCUUUAGACGAGUUGACUUCAAAGAUUAGCAGUCGCAAUUUGGAUCGAGUGCGAAAAUUGAAGAGUUCUAUGACAAGAUUGACCAAUCGUGUUCAGAAGGUGAGAGAUGAACUGGAAGAACUUCUUGACGACGACGAUGACAUGGCAGACCUUUAUUUGUCAAGGAAACUCGCUGCGGCGUCUUCUCCUGUCAGCGGGUCUGGAGCUCCAGAUUGGUUCUUUGCCUCUCCUACAACUGGCUCAAAGUUAUCCAGAACAAGUAGGGCCAGUGCAGCAACAGCUCAUGAGGAAAAUGAUGUUGAGGAACUCGAAAUGUUGCUGGAGGCAUAUUUCAUGCAAAUUGACGGCACUUUAAACAAAUUGUCAACGUUGCGUGAAUACAUUGAUGAUACUGAGGAUUACAUCAAUAUUCAGCUUGAUAAUCAUCGGAACCAGCUUAUACAGCUAGAGCUCUUCCUCAGUUCAGGAACUCUGUGCUUGUCUGUGUAUUCUCUGGUAGCGGCGAUAUUUGGCAUGAAUCUUCAAUACACGUGGAGAGAAGGUCAUGGUUACAUCUUCAAAUGGGUGGUCAUUGUCGCUGGAGUUGUGUGUGGAUCCAUUUUCCUAUCUAUAAUCUCCUAUGCUCGGCGCAAGGGUCUGGUUGGUUCUUGAAGCGGUAUGAUUCAUUCGGGAAGAAUCCAAUCCGAUGUGCCAGCUCCAGGACAUCAUGUGGACGACAUCACCCUAUUCUGUGUCCCACAAAUUGUACCAUGACUUGUGUCCCCCCGUGCCGGAACGACGUCGACGAGAUGCACGGCUGAGAUGGAAUGGACGCAAUAUCUCCGGGUCCAUUGUUUCACCCUUCCCUACUUGGGGUAAGAAAUUAGAAGCCAUUUGAAUAGUCCAAAGUAGCAAGUGGGGUCAGGUCUAGUGAAGAGAAGAGUCGUUGACGUUGUACAGUUUUUGUACGCGGGGAUUACCUGUUGUGAUGAAUACCUGUUGUAAUGGAAUUGAUAUUCUUCCCUCGAAUAUCCGAGGUUAGGUGAUGACGCGCUAGUUAACAUAGUGAA